GUGGAUCCAGGUAGACUCUGUGGAUCCAGGUGAACUCUGUGGUUCUUCUGAACUCUAUAAAACCAGACGGGCUCUGCGGAUCCCGGCGGACCCUCAUCAUGACUGUGACGUAUUCCAGUAAAGUGGCGAACGCCUCCUUCUUCAGCUUCCACCGGCUGCUGCUGCGCUGGAAAGGAAGCAUCUACAAGCUCCUGUACCGCGAGUUCCUGCUGUUUGUGGUGCUCUACACCGUCCUCAGCGUGGUCUACAGAUUUGUCCUCACGGGACACCAGAAGACGCUGUUCGAGAAACUCUCAAUGUACUGCGACAAAUACGCCGAGCAGAUCCCCGUCACCUUCGUGCUCGGUUUCUAUGUGACGCUUGUGGUGAACCGGUGGUGGAAUCAGUUUGUGAACCUGCCCUGGCCGGACCGACUCAUGUUCCAGAUCUCCAGCUACGUUCAGGGUAAAGAUGAAUAUGGCCGCCUGCUGCGUCGGACGCUGGUGCGUUACGUGAACCUGACCUCGCUCCUCAUCUUCCGCUCCGUCAGCACCGCCGUCUGCAAGCGCUUCCCCACCAUGGACCACGUGGUGGAGGCAGGUUUCAUGACCCCCGAGGAGAGGAAGGUCUUCGAGAACAUCCGGUCCCCUCACCUGAAGUACUGGAUUCCCGUCGUCUGGUUCUCCAACCUGGCGUCCAAAGCUCGACAGGAGGGGCGGAUCCAGGACAGCAUCGACCUGCAGAGUAUCCUCAAUGAGAUGAACCUGUUCAGGACGUGGUGCGCGACUCUCUUCGGCUAUGACUGGGUGGGCAUCCCUCUGGUCUACACGCAGGUCGUCACUCUGGCCGUCUACACCUUUUUCUUCGCCUGUCUGAUUGGCCGGCAGUUCCUGGACCCCGCCCGGGGUUACCAGGGUCACGACCUCGACCUGUACGUCCCCAUCUUCACCCUGCUGCAGUUCUUCUUCUACGCUGGCUGGUUGAAGGUUGCAGAACAGCUCAUCAACCCAUUUGGAGAAGAUGACGACGACUUCGAGGCAAACUGGAUCAUCGACAGAAACCUUCAGGUGUCUCUGCUGGCGGUGGACGAGAUGCACAUGAACCUGCCACACAUGACCAAAGACAUGUACUGGAACGACUGUGACGCCCGGCCUCCGUACACGCUCGCCGCCGCCGACUACUGCAUCCCGUCUUUCCUCGGAUCCACCACCGACAUGGGACUCUCGGACAUCCUGCAGUUCGAUGAGAGCGACGUCUCCGACAGUCGACCGCAGCAGCUUGACACAGUUCUGACUCGACGACAAGAGUCUGUUUUGGGUCGAGUCCGCCGGCUGCUCAGCGUUCAGGAGCCUCCUGAGCUCCGACCUCCCCGACCCAUCUUGAAGCGCCACAGCAGCGACGCCACCGGCAGCUUCUUCCCAGACUUCAGGGUUAACGCGUGUCCAGACGACGUGGCUCCGCCCCCUGCCUUGGCGGUGCCGCCGUCCUCCAUGGACACCCUGUCCACCCUGAAGGAGGUGAGCAGUAACCUGCCCUCGCCCGAAGACUCGCCCUCCCUGGUGUUCCCUCGGUUCGUCGUCAGCCCGCCACUGACAGCAGACGCCCGCCGCAAUGCCGACCCCUCUGGGAAACACCUCAACGGUCUGGAUCCGGCCUGCACUCCCACCCCGACCGACGAGGCUCCAGGCCUGGAAACACCAAGGGCCGGAUCUUCGGUUUGUUGUUCUCCAACUCAGCUGGGGCCCAAAGAGUUUCGGUGGACGACCCUCAACAACCAGUGUCGCCCCCUGCCUCGUCCACGGGGGCGUCAGUUCUCCCUGCAGUUCUCCAGGCAGUCGUCCAAGGGGUCGGUCCGCAGCCUGCCCAGUCCGAAGGGCCUGGGCCGGAGGAGGCGGGGCCUGGCUCGGUUCCAGUCCCGCCGGUCGCCGGGACCCUCCGCGGACACCCUGCAGCUGCCCGAACCGGACUACGACCACGACUUCCAGGGAACGGCCGACGACGUGGAGAAGGCAGAAACCAACGGCGGCGAGGAAAUCCCAAACAACAACAACGUUCAGUCGCAGAGUUCGGAACAAAAGCGAGACGAAGGUUAA